AUGGCCAAGGGCGAGGGGCCGGCGAUCGGCAUCGACCUCGGGACGACCUACUCCUGCGUCGGCGUGUGGCAGCAUGACCGCGUCGAGAUCAUCGCCAACGACCAGGGCAACCGCACCACGCCCUCCUACGUCGCCUUCACCGACACCGAGCGCCUCAUCGGCGACGCCGCCAAGAACCAGGUCGCCAUGAACCCCACCAACACCGUCUUCGAUGCGAAGCGGCUGAUUGGCAGGAGGUUCUCUGAUCCCUCCGUGCAGAGUGACAUGAAGCUGUGGCCCUUCAAGGUCAUCCCUGGCCCGGCAGACAAGCCCAUGAUCGUCGUCAACUACAAGGGCGAGGUGAAACAGUUCGCAGCGGAGGAGAUCUCCUCCAUGGUGCUCAUCAAGAUGAGGGAGAUUGCUGAGGCCUUCCUCGGCAACUCUGUCAAGAACGCCGUGGUCACCGUCCCGGCCUACUUCAACGACUCCCAGCGCCAGGCCACCAAGGACGCCGGUGCUAUCGCCGGGCUGAACGUGCUGCGCAUCAUCAACGAGCCCACUGCUGCUGCCAUCGCCUAUGGCCUUGACAAGAAGGCGACCAGCACUGGCGAGAAGAACGUCCUCAUCUUUGACCUUGGUGGUGGCACCUUCGAUGUGUCUCUGCUGACCAUCGAGGAGGGCAUCUUCGAGGUGAAGGCCACCGCCGGUGACACUCACCUGGGUGGAGAGGACUUCGACAACCGCAUGGUGAACCACUUCGUCCAGGAGUUCAAGCGCAAGCACAAGAAGGACAUCACCGGCAACCCCCGCGCUCUGCGUCGUCUCCGGACGGCGUGCGAACGUGCCAAGCGCACGCUGUCGUCGACGGCCCAGACCACCAUCGAGAUCGACUCGCUGUACGAGGGUGUGGACUUCUACACCACCAUCACCCGGGCUCGCUUUGAGGAGCUCAACAUGGACCUCUUCCGCAAGUGCAUGGAGCCGGUGGAGAAGUGCCUCCGCGACGCCAAGAUGGACAAGAGCACCGUGCACGACGUGGUGCUGGUCGGUGGCUCCACCCGUAUCCCCAAGGUGCAGCAGUUGCUGCAGGACUUCUUCAACGGCAAGGAGCUGUGCAAGAGCAUCAACCCUGACGAGGCAGUGGCGUAUGGCGCCUCCGUCCAGGCCGCCAUCCUGAGCGGCGAGGGCAACGAGAAGGUGCAGGACCUGCUGCUGCUCGAUGUGACGCCGCUGUCCCUGGGUCUGGAGACCGCCGGCGGCGUCAUGACGACGCUCAUCCCGAGGAACACCACCAUCCCCACCAAGAAGGAGCAGGUCUUCUCCACCUACUCGGACAACCAGCCGGGCGUCCUGAUCCAGGUGUACGAGGGCGAGCGCGCCAGGACCAAGGACAACAACCUCCUGGGCAAGUUCGAGCUGUCGGGCAUCCCGCCGGCUCCCCGCGGCGUGCCCCAGAUCACGGUGUGCUUCGACAUCGACGCCAACGGCAUCCUGAACGUGUCGGCAGAGGACAAGACGACGGGGCAGAAGAACAAGAUCACCAUCACCAACGACAAGGGGCGGCUGAGCAAGGAGGAGAUCGAGAAGAUGGUGCAGGAGGCGGAGAGGUACAAGGCGGAGGACGAGGAGCACAAGAAGAAGGUGGACGCCAAGAACGCGCUGGAGAACUACGCCUACAACAUGCGCAACACGGUCAAGGACGACAAGAUCGCCUCGAAGCUCGGGGCGGACGACAAGAAGAAGGUGGAGGACGCGAUCGAGGGCACCAUCAGCUGGCUGGACGCCAACCAGCUCGCCGAGGCCGACGAGUUCGAGGACAAGAUGAAGGAGCUGGAGGGCAUCUGCAACCCCAUCAUCGCCAAGAUGUACCAGGGCGCUGCGCCGGACAUGGGCGGCGGCAUGGGCAUGGACGAGGACAUGCCGGCCGGCGGCGGUGGGUGUCAGUCGUCUGUCGUCGUGUCAUCUAGUAGCUGGAAGUAG